UGUGGAGGAACGGAGCAACGGGAGCUUCUCGCUCGCUUGCGUUCAUUGCUCUGUGUCCGGGUUCGUCAAAGAUGUGUCGUGCUCAUUUAGCGCGAUUGUUUAUUUCCUGAUAACUUGUGCGUGCCAAAGGAGGAACUGAUGGCGGAUGUUUUCUGGCGGGAUUGCGCCGACUGGCUAAUUCGUUGCCAGGCGCUGCCCGCCGACCACCGCGUCACUUGGCCAGGUGCAAAAAUGAUCGACUUGGCCAACACUCUGCGGGAUGGUGUACUCUUGUGUCAACUGCUAAACAAGCUUGUGCAAGGAUGUAUUGAUCUCAAGGAGAUGAAUCUCCGACCACAGAUGUCAGAGUUCCUGUGCCUGAAGAACAUCCGAGCCUUUCUUCAAACCUGCAAGAAUGUCUUUAACCUGCAGGACACGGACCUCUUCAAGCCUUACAUGCUGUUUGAGUAUGGCGACUUCAAGCAGGUGUUGCACACACUGUCGGUGCUGUCGAGGUCACCCAUUGCUGAGGAAUCUGGGGUUGCGGGCUUCUCCGCUCGGUCACCAGUUUCGCCUGAGUACUACAAUGAUGAAGCCUUCAACCUCGAAGAUGCUGUCAAUCAUAACGAUGACACAAUGGUGGCCUUCGAUUUUCCUGUCACCCCUCGGCGAACACGAGAGGAAGAUGUCUACGAAGACCUCUGCUACGUUACUCUUAGGGUUAAUGAGGUGCCAACGACCCCUGCUGCACCUCUAGAGAAGAGGGACUAUUGUAUAAAAGAGCUAAUAGAGACAGAGAAGAACUAUAUAGAAGCGCUGAAUAUGAUAACCAGGGAUUUCAUGAGGCCGUUGAAAGACUUCCUCUCGCUGGAGGAACAUGAGAUUGUCUUCAAACACAUAAAAGAACUAGCAGAGACGCACACAGGGUUUCAUGCCGACCUGCACAAGGCUUGCACGUCGUCCCACCAUAUGAAGAUUAGUGAAUGCUUCAUGCGUUGGAAAGACAAGUUUAUAAUUUAUGGAGACUACUGCUCCAACUUGCCCAGAGCGCAGGAACAGAUAGAUGAGCUCUGUAACAAGAAGCAGCUAGUUAAUCAAUACAUAAUCAGCUGCCAACAGAAAGCUAAUGACGGAAAGUUUAAGUUAAGAGACCUACUUUCAGUUCCAAUGCAGAGGGUAUUGAAAUACCAUCUCCUCUUGAAGGAACUACUGAAGAACACUUCAGACACACAUGAGGAUUACGAUGGCUUAGAUAAGGCGUUACAGACAAUGUUGGACCUUGCCCAUUAUAUAAAUGAAGUAAAAAGGGACAACGAAACUUUGCAAAUAAUUGAAGACAUUCAAGCAAGUAUCACUGAUGUUAAUCUGCCAGAAAAUAUGGAUCUGAAAGAUUACGGGCGGUUACUGAAGGACGGGGAGUUGAAGAUAAAAUCACACGAGGAUAACAAUAAAAUAAAAAACAGGUAUAUCUUCAUCUUCGAUCGAGUAAUGCUCAUGUGCAAGUCAACAAAGAUCAUGGACAAACUUUUCGGGGGGGAGCAGUACAUAUACAAGUCUGCUCUUGCACUAUGCGACUACAGGGUUGACAAUGCACCAUCCAAUUCCAAGAUGGCCACCAGGCAUCACUGGUACCUGGUCCAUAUAAAAAACAAAACUGCUUACACAAUGUAUGCUAAGACAGAAGAGAUGAAAGAAAAGUGGAUCAAGGCCAUAGAGAAAGCACUGGACAACAUUAGCCCCGCCAUGGGAAAACGGACUGACCACAAGUUUGAAAUGCACACAUUUGAAGUACCCACAUACUGCUCCGACUGUUCAAAGCUCCUUCCAGGAAUUUUCUAUCAAGGCUACAAGUGCACUGUGUGCGGGGUGGGCGUGCACAAGACCUGUAUUGCGACGGUACGCUCGUGUGGCGCCCCCAGCCUUCCGCCACGACCCAACUCGCACCUCGGCUCCCAAUCGUCCACGGACGAGCCGCAAACUCCACAACGGACAAGUGCAGACUCAAGUUUAAAUGGCAUUCGCUUCUCUAUAUCUGUUGCAAAAGCCAAACAGACGUUUAUCAGCCCCACCCAAGGCUACAUCUCGUUCGCAGUUGGUGAUGUGAUUGAGAUUCUCAGAAAGAUCAAGAGCUGCACUUGGGAGGGUCGUGUGCAGCGGACAGGUGAAGAAGGGUUGUUUUCAGCUGCUCACGUUGAAGAGCUGGACAAACGAGGGUCUUACGAGUGUCCUGCUCCUCUGCCAAACAACCACCAAGCACACCAUCACCAGCUCCCUCAUCAAGCAAGGGAUGGCUACGUGAAUCUCAACCUGGAAGAAUAUCCCUGGUUUGCUGGUGUAAUGGAGCGGGACGGUGCAACAAACCUGCUCGAACGGUCCCCUAGUGGCACUUUCUUGUUGCGCAUCAGUGCCAAACAAAAUGGAGGGUAUGCAAUCAGCAUCAAUUUUGACAGCCAAGUGAAGCAUAUGCGGGUUUGCUAUGACAAUGGCCAGUUCUACCUGUCAGAGACCAAAAUGUUCCAAAGCAUUGUGGAGCUUGUCAACUGGUACGAAACACACAGCCUCGCAGAAAGCUUUCAAGGGCUUCAGAUUUCACUUCUCAUUCCUUUCAAGAAUGCGGUUCAUCCAAUUUCUAAUGGCUCCAGUAAGGAUUCAUUCACAACUACAGUGGAUGCACCUGUGGGCGAGGCUAUUGCCUUGCACAACUUUCAGCGCACAGCAGACAGCAUGCUGGAGCUGGUGAAGGGGGAUGUGGUUACCAUUCUGAGCAAGGCCGGGGAGGAGAAAGGCUGGUGGAAAGGCCAGAUCGAUCAGAGAGUUGGCUACUUUCCCUUUCGAUACGUGCAGGAAAUACUGCCGGGUGCUUCGGUGUGCCAGAAGGAAUUGCUGCCAGGCAUGAUAACCGAGGGAGCGUCGUCCUCUCAAGCAAAAUUACAGUCGGCGUAGCAGGAAGAAAGCAAUAUGUGAUGUGCCAUUUGGAUCUGGGUGCAAUCUCUCCGAUCUUCCAUUUUAUUUGCUUCAAACGGGAAGAUUUUAGUUGAGCGAGGACUGGGAGACUCUGUUUUUCCGUGCUCGUUCAUUCAUUUAGUAAUCGUUCAUUACGGGACUCUUGUGCAGCAUGACGUGGAGAGGAGGUGAUAUUUAACCGCCGCUAAAUGGAGGAUUUAAAGGAAGCGUGCAAAGUUGAUUUGAUCUAUUCCAGCUAAGGGUGCCUGUUGUCGCAGAAAUGAUCUUGAGCAUUUAUCGCGGAUCUGUAAAUUCAGUUAUGUGUAGACCCUGAAGUUUAGGGUUAACCCCGAUUUUUCCCCGAAUUUGCACCUCGAAUCGAGGUUCACCGGUUUAGGGUUAAACCCGAUUUCUACCCGCAAAACUGCACCUAAGCUAGGCACCUCACGGCAAUGACGUACUAAUUUUUCACAAAAUACACGGUUGAUCUCACCGUCUGAUACUCUGGAUAGGCUGUACAACGAACGUUUGUUCGACAGUAGAUCCCGAUUUAUCCCCAAAUUCAGUCUGACGGUAAUUUUUCCACCCAAAUUUGCAUGAAUUUUCGACAUCAAGUGAUUGACCCGAAUUUUAUCCCCCCCCCCGACUUUGGAAAAAAAUAAAAUCCGAAAACUUCAGGGUCUAGUUAUGUGUAGUGUCUGUCAAUGUUAACAGGCGUGUCUGCAUCAUUUAAUGUUCUGUUUGUGUUCCUAAUAUACAAUGCUUCCAUUGAACCCAUUACAUCCUAGAUAUCGCAACGUAAGGAACACAAGGAACGCGCGUUGAAACUGAAAGUACUGGUAAUCAUCUUAGACAAAUGCUCUCAAAAUAUUGUGUAGAGUUACGCCUUUUGUAAUACAGCUCUAACAGGUUACUGACUUAAGUGCUCCCCCAGCUUGGGGCAAUAUGUUUUGUUCUAUAGAGAUGCCAAAGAAUCAUUUUGUGUUAUCCCACACGGGGACGUCUGUGCUUUUGUGAUGCGUCAGAGCCAUAUACCUGCAUGAGUUCUUUGCUGCUCUGCCUAUCAGCAGUGUUGUGCACCAAUGACACCAGUGAAUGCUGGUGGGGAACAUUUACAUUUUCAAGGAUCUGUGCUAGUCAUCAAAGUGCUGAAUAUUUGAGUGUUUGCAGACAGGGCCUAUGCCGUAAAUGUGCUUAUAUAGACCUUGCUAGGUAACGGUUUUUAUAUUUGUGUGAGGAUAUUUGUUUUUUUAGGAUUUACAGCUCAACGGUUUCAUGGCUCAGUUUUCGCUGUUUCGCUGUUUGCUCGAGGGUAACGUUGCUAAGGCUCAAAAUCACUGUCUAUGAAGCUUGCUGUGUUAUGCUUUCCCCCUGAAAGUUGUAUUCUUUCUUAGCUUUCAAGUUUGGUUUUCCAGAAAGCAGGUCUGCUUAUGGCACUCCAGUCGUUCAUCUUAUUUUGUCAUGUUUUGUGCUAUAUGUGUACCAUUUUACUUUCCUGUAACCACGUUUUUCUGACCAGGCACACCUUGAUACAUACAGGGUGUUUUUUUUUCUUAAUUCGUUACAGGUUGUUGAUAAAAAGAGCUAGGAAAGCAGGAUAUAGGUACCAUAUUUGCAUGCUCAUUCGAGAGGAUGUCUACCUAGCUGUAUGACUCAACUGAAAAGACAGCAUCUAUGCUGCUCUCGUAGCUUUUUAUAAAAUUGAACACAUUAAAAAAAAAAAAAACAUCCUGUAUGUGACCAAGAGGUAUGUGCCAUUGCGGUCACCGCUAUACAAGCAUGAAGAAAAUAAUCCUAGAGGAGAAGGAAUACAACAUACAUAACUGUUUUACAUACAACAAUUUUGCAGCUUGAAUAAUGUUGUAUUUAAUGUUGCUUAAAUUGUUGCAUUCUAGAAUACAACAAUUUAAAUACAAGUUCGCACAAACUCUUACUAGCCAACUGCAGUACAUGUUAAACAAAGUACUAGAAGGUAUUUCUUGGCCCAUUCCAUGUCUUCUGUUGCUGCCAACUUCAAGGUAAAAUCUUUGAACAUAUCGACUUUUCUGCAGGUCAUCACAACUUGCUAUAUUUAGGGAAAGAAAGAAAACUUGUAUACUGUAUAUAAGCCAAAAAAUGCUCGUCCGACAACUCUACGUUACACUCGUAUUUACAAUUCUGCAGAUUUAUCCUCGAAGCAUUCACUGUAAAGCUCAGUUUACAGUUAUAUCCAAACAUGGUCUUCAGUGUCUCGCUGCUCUCUAACUUCGAUGUCAGUUCUAUGUACAGUAUGUCUUCUAUGUAUCAUGCCAACAACUCCACCAUUAUCUCAUUGAAAUUUUGUAUCCGUCCUUACAACACUCAUGCCAAACAGAAGCUUCCCUACGAUGUCUGCUAGGAUACUGCAGAUCAUGCCAAAACUAAUCCGCCAAUAUUCUCCUAUGUCAGAGUGAUAACCGGGCUAUUGGCUCGAUAAAUAUUUGAUGAUCUAGACUUUGCACUGAAAUGUAAACCCUGAAAUACAGCAUCUAGGUCCAGCCAAACGGUGGGGUCUAAAAAUGCAGGACCCUCUUACCAGUUUUAUGUUGGACAUGGCAUCUGUUACGCCUACCUUCAUACUAGGUAUGCAAGAAAAAAACAUUGGGAAAAGUGUUAAUUUGUGUGAACCAUGCACCUAGAAACAGCGUCACAAGUAGAGCCUGAAGUUUUCGUGAAAAUAUUUUUUCUAAAUUUGGGGGGUGAAAAACUGGAAAAAGUAACGUGUGCUCUAAAUUAAUGCGAAUUAGAGUGGAAAAAGUUGCAGUAUGCUAAAUUCUAUUACUCAAAUGAACUGCACUGGUUUGGUACAAACGGUGAUGUAAUUGCAUUUGCUGCCAAACCAGCUAGUGUGCAUUCCUACAGACGUUUCAGUGAGGGAAACUUGCCGGGUAUAAAUCCGAUUUCACCCUAAAGAGGCAACCUCCAAUUCGGGGUGCAAAUUCGGGGGAAGAAACGGGUUGUAGACCCUAAAACGUCAGGCUCUAGUUAUAAGAGGAUUGCGGCCCUGUUUCCGAUUAGUACUCCGAAUGCAUACUUAGUUAUGCAGCCCAUUACUUACUCUUAAAUACCAAAUUACGUGAGGCAUGCAUGGGAAGGGGCACCGAAUCCAAGCUCUAGACUUUCCUAGCUGAAACCCCAAUGUGCGCAUGUCCUGGUAGUGGUUAUCUUAUUGUGAUUCUUAAGGUACCUGAAACUUGUGUGCUAACAGGAAGGAAUAGCGGUUGCCAGUGUAGACUCAUUGCCCGCUAAUUCGUGGGUAUCAUGGGUGGUUUCACAUGUACAUCUUGUAUAAUGCACGUCCAUAAAAAAGCUCAUGGAUCUCUGUGUGGCCCUCAGUCCGCAUGAUACUCUCUAUUCAGUGACUACAUUAAAGCCACUACGGAAGUAGACACUCUCCCUGUGUUCACACGAGCGACAUUCCCACGGAAUAUUCUUGUGGAAGAAAAGGCAACAGAACUGCUCAUGGGGCGGAAGUUACGCUGCGUUUUUUUGUUGUUGUUGCUGUUGAGCGUUCACCUAGAGCCACGAUGUCGGGAGUGGCGUACUGCGCACAUAGCAGACGACCCCGUCGACCCUGUCGUCUGCUACGGAAUAUCUAGACGUUCCCCAUUGUCCAAAGAGCACAGAGAGAUGUGACAUUGACCACUCGUGCUCACACGUCAGCAGAAGCUAUGACGCUCUGCGUAUCUUCCGUCGGAAUAUUCCGGGGAAUGUCGCUCGUGUAAGUACACGGUAAUGUACACAUUUUCAGAAAAGGGAACAAAACUCUGUAGUGAUAGAAUAGUGCCAAUGUACACAAAGUAAUACCAUGUACCUCUGGCAGGGUAGCAGCUCCAAUGUUGCCACAGGAGCACUUGGGUGGCUGCUCUGCCUGCCAAUGUUGACCAGCGGUGCAUAUACUGAGCCAAUGUCACAGCAUCGAAGCCUGCUGCUAGAAAGAUGGCAAAAGCAUUGCCCAGAAUAACGUGGCAGGCCCAGUUGUGCAUUGUUCCCGAACACGGUUUGACCUCCCUUGCCAGAAGUACCUCUGAGCAGUACAGAGCAUUCAGUGUUCAUGUGAAAUUCGUGUGUACUAAGUUAUGUUAAGUUGCUACCUGUAGUGGUCGCAGAAAGUAGCGUGACUGACGCAAGGGUUUUGGGGUCUGCAGUUCUCUCAUCAGAUCUGGGAGUCUUUCUCUGGUUUCCGUCCGUACAUACUAGCUGUGCUAUGAUCUGCACUUUUCUAUUCUUUAAAUUUAUUUCUGUAUGCUGCUUACUGUAACAAUAACAGCGUAGGCAAUGCAUGAUCUUUUACAUGUGUCAACAUGGACACGACUAUUUUUCUUUUAUAAUUUUCUUGACACUUGCAUAUGGUGAGCUCUCUCCUUGGUGUGCUCUCAAACUUCGUGUUUCAUUUCAAAGCACGUGACACAUGGCCAAAAAGGCACCGGUGCUUUCAUUGUGCUCUUUUAUCUUUUUGUUACAUAGUUGUGUAGUGGACAGCGGUAUUCAGAUUGGCCACGGCCAGUCUGAACAAUGCUGUAGCCGGUAAUGUUUGCAUUACUUUUAAAGCUAUGUCCAGGAAGACUGCUUUUUACCCUCAGAUUUGCAACAUUGUCACUCAGAAUUAAGAAGAAAAAAAAAAGGGAGCUCCAAAAACGAGCGUGCCAAAGUGCAAAUUCAGCAAUCCAUAUAGGCAGUUGACAACUCUGAGCAGUGUACACUCAGCAUCUCGUGCACAACUGGAAUGCGAGAGGUUCUCUCUCUUUUACUAUUAUUUUCCACCUGAUUUUUUUCCCUAUUUUAUGGCUCGUGAAAUACAGCACAAUCUUUCAUGCCCAAUCGCCCCGCUUUUCAAAAACCAUAAAAUCUAAGAACACAGGUGUCUAGUUCCAGGAAACUCUCACUGUAACGGAAUCCUUUUUUAAUUAUCGUUUUCUGAACGAAUGAAUCAUUGGUUCUUUCCCUCUGUUUUUAGGGCGUACUGCAAACCCAGUCUGUGUCUUUCUUCAGCUCUUUUCUUAUUUUAUUACACAUCGAUUAAGAGGAUAUGCCAACACGCUCAUCACCAAUGUUUGUUUGCUUGAUUGGAUGCUUGCUUUAAUGCUGUUGCCGUGUUUCCACGUAGUUCCAGGGCUACCCUUGUUUCUUUUUUUUUUUGCGGCACUUCGCUCGUAUCGAAAUCCUCCCUCAUCCCGUUGACCUCAUUGUAACAAGGGUUUACCGCAGUGUAGCACACAGCAACAGUAUAUAUUCAGAUUGACCAUGGCCAGUCGGAACACCGUUGUGGUUGCUAGUGCAUUUGCAUUAUGUUGGGCCCUUGCAGUGGCCACUGCUGCACGCCUCAGAGGAAAUGGAGCAUAGAGAGACCCUGUUACUGAUACGGGCCAGAACCUGUUGUUAUACAAAGCACUUGCGAGCGUUUCACUGAUACCUUCCAAAUAUUUACGCCAUUUGGGUGCUGCGUGUGGUAACACUGUCCAAAACAUUUCUGUCUAGACUACGUACGGCCCUCAUGUACAUACAGAUAGUAGUGUUUUGUGGCGACUCAUGCAAGUCUGGUCAGCUUUUUAUCAUUGUCAUGUAACGAGUUGUCUUUGCGAGUGCGUGUAACAUCCACAUUAUGUACAUGCACAUUUUCAGUUUUUGUUCUUCAUUUAGAUUGGUUGGCUCUGUGCAUGACCAGAGGUGUCGUUUCGCGAGCAGUUGUGGACGCAGAGCUGCUAGCGUAUGUGAUGAAUCGAGUUGUAGUUUCUGACGUUUGUUUGUAUAACUCUGUGCUUCUCAGUUUUCUGGGAAGGUUACUGAAUAGGUCACAGCUGUGCUGAUAUACAGAGAUAGAAGGUUGAAGUGUGCAUUGUGUACAAACCAGGAAAUACUAUAAUAUGUGGCUGUAUUAUAUAACAUAAACAUGUAAUGCAAAUCGGAGCUGUACCAUUCUUGUCUGUUCAAAGAUGUGUGCUCUCGGCCAAUCACUUAGGUAAGCUUUACCUCUCAGUAAAAUUAUGUGCGGGCUUUUAUGUGAACCUACAAUGUCUAUGCUAUUAUUGAGCAACACCGAGCUCCUUAGCAAAAGGAAGGUGAAAAGACUGAUGCUGCAAAACGACAAACUGCCUGUCAUAACAGAAAUGUGCCAACAAAGGGAUGUCAUAGCUUAUUACAUAAGCUGCUAUAGUUUCACUACUUACUACUAUCGUCGCUAUUAGAGUCCCGUUUUAAAGGGGCACUAAAGUGAAAAAAAAAAAAAAAACUACCCUCUACCUUGACACCAACACGUCCUUUGCAAUUUAGCAGCGAAGGAAACCGCUACGUACCCUUUCCCUCUCCUCUUCAAGGUCGACCGUGCGGAGCACACUCCCAUUGGUCUCCUCAAAAGAUUUCUCCAAUCAUUGCAGGAGAUCGUUUGAAGGGACCAAUCUGGGGCCUCUCUGCACUGUUGAGCUUCUUGAGAAGGGGAGGGAAAGCGUACUUUGCGGUUUCUUUUGCUCAUAACUCACGAACGAUGCAAUGGAUUAAUCGUUUCUUUGGUGUUUGUGUCAAGGUAACAGCAUCUUUCAUUCCACCAGGAGAGAACUCUGCACUUGAGUGUUCCCCUCAAGAGGGGGGAGCCCUGUUUCUGGUGUGGUUAAUUUUUUAGAAAAUUUUGUCUGCCACGACCAGGUAGUAGUUCUUCAAUCUUUAUUAGCAUGUGCCAGAAUAGUUUAAUAAUGUCUCAGCAACUGUACAGGUUGUAAUAGUUUGGAGCAGAUUUACACAUAAGGUACUGGUUGUGUGUUUGUGCCAAAUGCUGAAACAGGUUACGUUCCAGUGCCAACUUCAUCAUAACUUGCCUGCUUGGCUCCCGAAGGACCACGAUAUUUCCCAUGUCAACAUAAAUGCUUUGCAUCACUACACAAAGAGAACAAGAUCCUGAAAUCCCGGUGCAUGUUUGUAAAUACUGCUGGCCUGCUUUAGCUGCAGUACAUUCAGUAGUUUUGUGAUCUGCAUAUAUGUAAGAUAGAAAUGUAGGUGCCUGUUAGUUAAAAACUGAGACUGCUACUUGCAUCAUCAGCACAUGUAUGUAGCUGUAGGCUUUGCAGUGCACUUAAUGGUGACCAUUUUUCACUGCUUCCUAUGACCAUUGCAGUGAAGAUUGUGAGGUCUUCUUGGGUACUAAGCUGCAUUGUUGUACAGUGACACCAAAGUAACAGUGAUUAUGCUUUAUAUUUACUAUAAAGUGCUAUCGGUCAUUUCUUUCUUGUACUUUCUUACAUAUAACUGUUGGUGUUAUGCGCAGAUACGCAGCAUUGAAGUUAUGCAAGAACCAUGCGUUUGUAAAAUGCUCCUGUGGUUGCAGUGACCUGCUUGUAAUGCGUACUUGAAUUCAGUGACCUGUUCGAUUAGCUCUGUGCGCUUUACAAAAAAAGUACAGCAUGUAAUUUGACCUGUUUUAACGUGUUGUAAUAAAUUUCUUUCACGGUCACAA